UAUACACUUUAUCAUGUAAAAAUUGUCCGACAUGAGUUCGACGAAUUCUGAAAAACGACAGACCCCAUAUUCCGCAGUUUCAGAUGGAAUAAACGAAACUCCACAAACUGACGUUUUCACUAAGGAAUACGAAGUAUACAGACAGGUUUUCGAACUCUGUGCAAAUGCAUCGACAUCAUCAAAAGAUAUCAAGCCAGACAGUUAUAUUUCACAACUGUUAAAAACAAACAGCAUACCUGAAACAACAGAAACAGAAGAGACAAUGUCAACAAAAGACUUGAAGAUAGUUAUAAAUCAGCUAGGUUUUAGUACAACGGAAGCGGAAAUCGGCAUGUUGAUGAAGAAUUCUGGUAUCAGCGGAAAGUGUUCUUUCGUUGACGUGAUAAAAAUGCUGAAACACGAAGAUUUUGCGGAAUCGGAUUUAAGUGAGGACAGACAGGAGCUACGGGAAACAUUUAACUACUUCGACAAAGAUUGCGACGGCUUCAUUACGAUUUCUGACCUACAAGACGCCAUGGAAUGUUUAAGUUUAGAUGUCAAACCAAGUGAAUUGUACCAAAUGGUGCUGGGUGCAGAUUUAGACCACAGAGUAGGUUUUGAAGAAUUUGAGACCAUGCUAAAAGACGAUGACAAUGACAGCUAAGAAGUAUUCAAUGUUUGCUGGAGCUGAUUAGUAUUAUUUAUUCAACAAUAUUUGUGUUUGCUUAUAUAUCCGAUGAGUCUAAAGAUUAGUUAUAUUUGGGGUAAAUUUAUUAUGACAAUAAUGUUUUAAAAAACAUAAACCAUUGUUAAUCAUAUGUUGCACAAUAAAACUGACGUGUGGACUUAU